UCAAGUUUCUCAGAGCAAAGCCUGAAGUACUCUCUCCCUUCACAAGUUUCACAUAAAACUUUGAUUUGUAGUUUCUCUCAACUACUGAUAUCGGCGCCAUGGAUAUUAUCAAUCGUUUGAUAGCAGAAAGGCCAGUAGUGAUUUUCAGCAGAAGCAGUUGUUCCAUGUGCCACACCAUUAAGACGCUCAUAAGUAGCUUUGGAGCAAAUGCUACUGUUUACGAGCUGGAUGAAAUUGCAAAUGGACGGCAAAUUGAGAGGGAGUUGGCGCAGUUAGGUUGUCAGCCGAGUGUACCAGCCGUGUUCAUAGGGCAACAGCUUGUUGGCGGUGCUAGACAGGUGAUGAGCCUCCAGGUUCUAAACCAGCUAGGCCUGUAACUCAGAAGGGCUGGAGCUAUCUGGGUUUGAAACAAAACGAAGUAUUUUACUUCCACACUCAACUCUGACUCUAUAUAAGUAGGCUAAACGAGCUCUAAUAAGAUAGCUUUUAAUUACUUAUAAUUAGUUAUAACGUGACAACGUUAGCUACUCGGAGAGCUUAUUAAUUACCUAAUUUUGUACUUUCUCUUGUAUUUUCUGGGUGCUUAAGUCAGGUGGAACUUGUUUUAUCUUCCACAUAUAAGAACAUAUACAGUUCAUGCUAAAUAAAGGUUGUUAAACUUGCUAUA